ACUUUCUGUUCAGGCACCAGUUGGCCACAGCCUGUCACGUCAUACAGGACCCUUCUAAACACAAUGGCGGCCACCGGUUCGAAGUCUGUUUUGUUCGUGUGUUUGGGGAAUAUCUGCAGAUCCCCCAUCGCUGAAGCCGUCUUCACGAAGAUGGCAACAGAUGCUGGUGGUGUCGAUAAGUGGAGGAUAGACAGUGCUGCCACCUCCACCUAUGAGAUAGGAAACCCUCCAGACCACCGCGGUCAAGCCUGCAUGAAGAGUCAUGACGUGCCCAUGAAGCAUGUGGCCCGGCAGUGGGUGAUAGACAGUGGUGCCACAUCUGACUGGAAUGUAGGCAGAUCACCGGAUGAACGCGGUCUGGCCUGCCUAAAGAAGCAUGGCAUUGAGACAAGCCACAGUGCCCGACAGGUGACCAAAGACGACUUCCAGAGCUUUGAGUACAUUCUCUGCAUGGAUGAGAACAAUUUGAGUGAGCUGAACAGGAAAGCAAAACAGGCGAAAGACAGCCAAGCAAAGAUUGAGCUUCUUGGUUCCUAUGACCCGCAGAAGCAGCGCAUCAUCAAAGACCCGUAUUAUGGGAGUGACGACGACUUUGAAAAGGUGUACGAACAGUGUGUACGUUGCUGCAAAGCAUUCCUGGAGCAGAAUUCCUAAAAACAUCCGACCUUAAACAAUCUUUGCCGAAUCUGUUGGAUUGACAU